AGUUGUGUCGCAGCUUUUUUUGGAAUGUUUCUGAAAAUGGGCGAUCAACAGGAUAAGAGAAAUUGGUACAUAUACUUCGCUGUCCUAUCUACCACCCUAAUAGUGGUAGUUACCGGAAGCUGCUUCACCUGGACAUCUCCCAUCAUCCCCAAGCUCAGUUCAACAAACCACCAUGUUAACCCCAUCGGCAAGCCGCUCACCCUCUCCGAAUCAGCCUGGAUAGUCUCCUCCAUGAGCCUAGGUCUCAUUUUUGGACCCUCCCUAUCCAUGACCUUAUCCAAAUUCUUCUGCAAGAAAUCCAUCCUGCUUUUGGUAGGACUACCACUGGUCCUGGCUCAGAUCAUAUGCCUCUUCUCCUCUACCGUCCAGUAUUUCCUGAUUGCCAGGUUCUUGAUGGGAGUAGCUGCAGGGGCUGUUUGGAGCGUGCUACCGAACUACAUUGCCGAAAUUGCCGAGGAUUCAAACAGGGGAUUUUUGGGGACUUUGGCUGGAGUUAUGUCAACUGGUGGAAGCCUGAUUCCAUACAUUAUUGGACCUUAUGUUUCUAUAAAGACAUUCACCAUAAUAUCUUUGUUACCGAUGGGACUGUACUACAUUCUUUUUGGGUGGUUUGUUCCGGACAGUCCUUAUGAUCUCAUUCUAAAACACCAAGAACGAAAAGCUGGACAAAGUUUGAUGAAGUUCCGUGGAACAACCAAGAUCGAGAAAGAACUAGACUAUAUUUCUAGUACCAUCCAUUCUUCCAAUAACGAUGAAGGAUUUGGAUACUUGUUCAGGAACGAAGGCUUAAGAAGAGCAUUGCUGAUUUGCGUCAUUCUAAUGGUAUUCCAGCAAUUUUCCGGUAUCCAGGCGGUAGGAAGUUACACCCAGACCAUUUUCGAACUUGCCGGAAGUGAACUGUCAUCGGAAAUUUGCGCGAUGAUUGUGGGGACGGUUUCCCUAAUCUCCGUCCUCAUCAGUAGCAGACUCAUAGAUACGAUGGGCAGAAAAAUCCUGAUUACAGUUUCCUUCAUAGUUACAGCCUUGUCUCUGUUUUCUCUGGCGGUUUACUUUUACAUGCUAAGCGCCAAAAUGGACGUUUCACCUGUUUCCUGGCUACCCAUGAUCGGCGUGAUCAUCUACAUGUUUGCUUUCAACUUUGGAUUGGGUAUCCUGCCCUGGGUGAUCUUGGGUGAGCUGUUUCCAUCAAAUGUCAAAGCUGUAGCCUCUACUAUAACAUCUUUGGCCAAUUUCUGUCUGUCGUUUAAUGUGACGGCAUGUUUUCCCUACAUGGUGGAAGCAAUAGGGAUGAGCGGGACUUUCUUUACGUUUGGCGUUGUUAUGGUAUUGGGAACGGUGUUCUCGUUGAUUUUCGUACCGGAAACUAAAGGAAAGAGCUUGAUGGAGAUUGAGAAAAUGCUGAAGUGUUGA